AUGCAGUCCUCCGGUGGUCCUGGCAGCGCGCCGCCCUUCACCUUCCCGGACCUCGGUCCAGUCGUCCAGGACACUCAAUUGCGUGGCCCCACGGGGCAGGUCAUCGACUCGUCGGAGCCGGCCUCGGAGGCCUCGGCGGUGCCAACUCCCGCCUCUGCGUCAGCAAGCGGGGCGCCCCGACGGCUCCAGGCUUCGACUGCAGUUUCUGUAGCUUCAGCGCCAUCGUCUGGUGCUGGUGGCAGCGCCGGACCUGCUCCGUCACCAACUCCCGCCUCUGCAGGAGCACGCGGGGUGGCGGGCGGUCUCCAGGCCGCACCUUCGGUCGUCGCGCACCAUGCUUUGGCUGCAAGCACCGGAGAGACCUCGGCUUCGAGUGCAGUGGCUCCGACGUUGCCACCUCCCGCUUUGCCGUCCGCUAGCUGGGCUUCGUCGGACCCUGCGUGUACUCAGCUGGUCCUCAGGUCCUCGCCCGACUCCAGUCCUCUGCACGAGCCUUCGUCAAAUACUGCACACUUCUGCCGCACGGACAUCGUCCACCACGAGGUGCAGGCUGAGGUCAAAGAGCUCCGCGAACAUUCGGAACGACGCUUCGCAAACUUCGCUCAGCUGAUGCACCCGUACAACACAACCUUCGCUCCGUGUAACCCCAGGGUUCCACUCUUCGUCCCGCGUGGCAUGACUGUUCGUGAAGUCGCGACAGCUAUUACGGUCAACCCAGUGCUGGACCCUCGCCGUGUUACGGCUCCGUGGGUGCGUGAGUUCACGAACUUUCACGGGCCUCCUUUCGGUCUGCAGGAGGCCGGGCAGCCGGGUGAAGACGAAAUCUCGGAAGAGGAGGAGGUCGAGGAGCUGAUCGAAGAGAUCGAGUCUCCGGUUGCUGAAGAGUCUUCGGAAGAGGUUCAGGACGAAUCUCGCCGCGCCGUGGAUGCUCAAGAGACCUCGGUCGAAGCUACACAAGCGCUAGGAGCUCAAGAUGCAGCAACAGCAACGCAGGACUCGGUUCAAGAUCGCGUCGCGGUUACGGAGGGCCCUUCUGAGGAGGCCCCAGCCAGCGGGACUCUGGCUGACGCGCCACGUUCGCCUCCCAGUGCUGCUGAUCAAGCUGCGACGCCAGCCGACGCUUCUCCGGCUGCGCGUCUCUGCGUUUUGGCCAAGGUUGCCUCGUCUUCGGGCGCCUAA